AAUUGAACUGGCAAGCAGUCGUGAUGUUGCUAAAAUCUAGUCUCUUUUUGCGCAACAGCGUCAGCAAAAUUUUCCUAAUUAGAGGAAUUCAAAAAGUGCACACAUCAACAAAGGAGGGCCAAUAUGCUGCAGCAACUGCGGCGACACUUGAAGUGGACUCUAUUCGACAGUACGAUGAAAUCCCUGGCCCAAGUCGUAUCAACUUUGUGACCAGCUUUAUGCCCGGCGGAAAGUUUUACAAGAAGGAUUUCUUUGACUUCCUAGCGGCAGUCAGGCAUGAAUACGGAGACAUUUCAAAACUGCCUGGAAUCUUUGGCAGACGAGAUGCCAUCCUGGUUUACGAUCCUGAAGCCUACAAGACGGUCUUUCAGACCCAGGGAGCUUAUCCGAUAAGGCGAGGCCUCGACACGAUGGUUUACUAUCGAAGUGUGCACAAGAAGGACUUUUAUCAGGGCGUCGUUGGAAUUGCAGUAGAUCAGGGACCUUCUUGGUGGGAUUUCCGGCAGAAAGUGAAUGCAGCCAUGAUGAAGCCCCAAAUCACGAGAAAGUACGUCCCGGCUGUUGACGAAGUGACUCAGGACUUUGUGAAGAGACUGCACUCUUUGAGAGAUAAGAAUACAAUGGAAACGCCCGCGGACUUCUAUGCUGAAUUAAAUAUGUGGGCUCUUGAGUCAAUUGCGCAAAUCACGAUGGACACACGCCUUGGUAUCUUUGAGAACACCUCCAAUGAAAAUAUGCAUACAAUCAUGAAGGAUCUUAAAGUGUUCUUUGAGUACACAUUCAAAUUGAACUUCAUGCCAUCUCUUUGGAAAUACUUCCCAACGUCGAAUUAUCGUAAACUAACUCAGAGCACAGAUAAUCUUCUCCAAGCUAUUGAACACUACGUCAAUAUUGGCAUUAAAAAAGUGAAGGAAAGCUCUGAUGACGCUGAGAAUGAGGGAGUUCUGAAGAAACUGCUGGAAAUUGAUCCCAAAGUGGCUACAAUUAUGGUUAUGGAUUCUCUCUUUGCAGGAGUUGACACGACCUCAAGUGCUGCCUUUGCUGUCUUGUAUUGUUUGGCCAAAAAUCCCGAUAAGCAAGAGAAAUUGAGGGAAGCGGUGCUGAAGAUUUUGCCUGAGAAAUCUUCUCCUUUGACCACUGAAAACAUGAGCAACAUGCCCUACUUGAGGGCGUGCAUAAAAGAAGCACUGAGGGUGUAUCCUGUGACUUUUGGCAACUUCCGCACCACUGGACAGGACAUUACUCUCAUGGGAUACCACAUUCCAAAGGGCACUGACGUCGUGAUGGGCAACCAAGUGUCUCAAAUGGAGGAGAAAUAUUUCGAUAGAGCAUCGGAAUUUUUACCAGAGCGAUGGAUUCGUCCGGAAAACAGCAAGAUCACAUGUCCAGUAACGGCUUCAACGCAUCCCUUCACGUAUCUUCCCUUUGGCUUCGGCACCAGAAUGUGCGUAGGCCGUCGCUUCGCUGAGAUGGAAGUCGAAUCGCUCGUGUGUCGCCUCUUGAGGAUGUAUCAUAUUGAGUGGAGACAUCCGGAACCCAAAAUUGCCAGCAUGGCUAUCAAUAUGCCCGUCAGUGAUCUGAAAUUCCGAAUGACUGACAUUGAGAAGUGAGCUUUGAGAGAAAAUGAAUGAAAACUCUCACCUCUUCCUUGGUGCUGUCGCGUAUCCUGACUCUGAGGAAUACAGCUGAAUAAAUUGAAUGCCUUCGCUUCAUG